ACUGCGGGACUGGGGGGAGGAUCUUGGUUUCCCAGCCGUGAGGGUGUGGAGCCGUAGCAAUUGGACUACGGCUAUUUUGCAAUGGCACAGCCGCUGCGGUACGCGGCGCCCACCCCACCAAUCGUGCUUGUUGCUGCAUCAGCCUCGAUGGCGACGGUUAAUAUUACCUUACUAGCCAAAUCAAAGUCAAAUCAAUUGAAUGAUGAUGCAAAAAAAGGGUUGGCAGACAGGGUACAUAGGGCUCGCCAGUGCCAGCGUGGUUCUGUAGCACGGGCACCAUCCACUGACCCGAAAUCCGACGCUGACACUGACGCUUGCCCCUCAUCCCAAGAUCUUGGUGCACCUUCGUAUUCCCGGGUUUCACUGGUGGGAGAAUCUGGGGUGCAUGGAAAAAAGUAACACACGAGGGCGGGCAGAACGCGACGCCAUCUCGCCAGUGAGGUUAUGCCGGAGGAUUGCAUUGCACUGCUACCCUGCUGCCUUGCUGCCAUGUACCGAGGAGGUGUAUGUGUCCCUAGGCAGGUUGAUGUAGCGUGUGGCAAGGGCC